AUGACCAAGGAAAUGUUAUCUGCUACGGCAGAACACCAGACUGCUGUGGUGGCCCGGGAGAAGCUGUAUCUAUACAACUAUCUCAUCGUCGCCAUCAUUGCCAUCGGCGCGACCGCCUCCGGCAUGAUGACGGGUGUCAUGAGCACCGCCUUGGGCCAGCCCACGUUCCUCGAAUAUUUCCACUUCAACACGGCUUCUUCUCAAGAUACAGCGCUUAUUGGCGCGAUCAAUGGCGUAUAUUUCGGGGGCGCCUUCUUUGGAUCCUUCAAUGCCAGCUACAUUGCGGAUCGCUGGGGCCGGAAAUUGGCCCUCUUGGUUACAGCUUUCGUGGCGACUGUGUGUUCCGGUCUCAUUGCAGGGAGCGUGCACAUUGCAAUGCUGCUUGUGUUUCGAACGAUAGCUGGUUGGACCUCCGGGGCAUAUAUCACCAUUUGCUGCCUCAGCCUGUCGGAGCUGGCACCUCCGCACCAUAGAGGCCUGAUGGUAGCCUUGGUCGGAAUCCUCAACUGCCUUGGCUAUGUCAUUUCGAAUUGGCUCGGCCUUGCCUUCUACUUCGUUCCGGCCGGCGGAGUGCAGUGGCGAAUCCCUUUCGCGCUGUGUUGCGUCCCAUCGCUGGUCGUCUUCUGUUUCGUUUACUUCGUCCCGGAGUCACCGCGAUGGCUGGUGAUGAAGGGUCGACACUCAGAAGCGGGGGACGUUCUCAACAAGCUUCAUUGCAGGGCAGGCGAUGAGAGCUCGCAUGACUUCGUGCGGCUUGAGAUGCAGCAGAUCACACGCCAAAUAGAGUUCGAACGCAAUAACGAAGUCUCCUUGUGGCAGAUGCUUACAGCGAAGCAAUACCGGUCCAGACUGGCUCUCUGUAUCAUCACUAUGCUCAUGGCUCAAUCUGCAGGUAACGUGGUAAUCGUGGUCUAUGGUCCUGUCAUCUAUGAGUCGAUCGGAUUCGGACCAGUCGCCCAGCUUUGCCUGACAUCAGGGUACGCAACAUCGGGAAUGGUGGACAAUUUUAUAGGAUCAUUUUUCAUCGACAAGGUCGGUCGUGUGAAGAUGAUGGUGGUGGGUAUCACUGCUCAACUCGUCUUGCUCGCGAUUGCCACGGGUUUAAUUGCCACAUACGCCGGGACGACCAAUUUACCGGCUCAGCGUGCUAUCGUUGCCAUCUUUUGGCUCUUCAUGUUGUCUUACGGUGCAUUCGUCGAGGGGGCUUCAUUCACCUACAUUAGCGAGAUCUGGCCAGCUCAUCUUCGUGCGAGGGGAUCUGCGAUCGGAAUUGCCACGCUGUAUCUCAUCGACAUGGUCUACGUCGAGGCUUCGAUCUACGCUUUUUCAACCAUCGGCUGGAAAUUCUAUCUUACUUUCUUAGCCUGUGGAACGGUCUUCCUCAUCAUUUUCAUCUUUCUGGCAAAGGAGACGAAGGGGAAGCCUCUGGAAGAGAUAGGAAAACUGUUCGGCGACGACCUCAUCGUCGAGACUCAGGACGAAAUGAUCAAGAGCGAGAAGGAGGUCUAUGAGAGCGAAAAUUUGUAG